AUGUCAGCUAUUACACUCCCUGUCUUUCCCGUCCCAUACCCCUUUAUUCUCUUUCCAUCUGCUCGUCUCACGUUCCCCAUCACCCCCGAGGUCGCCAAUUCGCUCCUGCAGCUCAUUCAACCUGGCGACAGCCAGCCGGUCGUUGUAGCUGUCCCUGUCACCGCUGAGAGUACGCUGCAUACGUGGGGCACAACUGCACGAGUCAUCCGUCUCGUCCGACCGCAAACGCGUGCAGUAUCUGACCGCUACGGUCUCGUUUUGCAAGGCAUAUCACGCGUGCGUUUGCUCGAGGAUACCCGAAGCUCGGAUACCGAGGGUAUUGUUGAGCGGAAGGUCGGGCUACCGGCCGAAAAUAAUAUGCCUUCAGCCGAAGCUGUAGCUAUGUUCAAGGCCGCGUCCUUUAAGCUGCUGGAGCGUCUCGCAAAGGAUUCCCCGCAACAGUCCAAGCGCGCUGCUUACAUGAAAGUUUCCAAUGUUAUAGAGGAUAUUGCGGAUGAACGGGUCCCUGGAAUGGCGGACAUGCUGGUGGCAGGAUUCAUCGAUGACUACAAUGACAGACUUGACUUCCUGUCCGCAGCCGAUGCAGACGAUCGACUUCGCCGUGCCACUGCGCUAUUCGUGAAGUACACGUCGAUAUCUGAGGUGACGCGCAAGAUUGAGCAGUCCGUGGACGAAUCUCUUUCGAGGCAGCAGAAGGAGUUCUACCUACGGCAACAGCUCGCUGCUAUUCAGCGAGAACUGCGCACGCUCGAGCAGACGUCGAUCGACGGCAGGAAUGGUGGGACAGAGGAGGACAAGCGGUCUGAGCCAGUAUCAGAGCUGGAUGAGGACACGGAGGAGAAGGACAUGGCGGACAUACGUGUGGGCAUCGACGCGAUGGCGCAAGGAAGCGAGGAGCGCAAGGUUGCAGUACGCGAGUGGCGGCGGCUGAAGCGUAUUCCGAGCGGUAGCGUUGAGCAAGGCGUCGUCCGCAAUUACCUGGAUUGGCUUGUCGCAGUUCCAUGGGCGGCAUCGACCACCACACAGGCAAAUGCGUCACUCGAAGCACUACGGGAUCGUGCAUUCCUCACGAACGCGCGGAAACAGCUCGAUGCCGACCACUACGGUCUGGAAAAGAUCAAGAAGCGGCUAAUCGAGUACCUCGCGGUUGUCCGGCUGAAGGAGUUGAAUGCGGAGAAGGAAGCACGCGCGCAAACUCAAGAAAGUCAGCUGGUCGUCCUGAAGGCUAACGAGCAAGACGCUAAGAGGCUCUUUCCUGGUGCCAGUCCCGAAUCAAUAUCACCACCACCCAGGAAGGGUGUCAAGGGCCCGAUCCUCCUGUUCGUUGGUCCGCCUGGAACAGGCAAGACCUCACUUGGCCACUCGAUCGCGCGAGCGCUCAACCGGCCGUUCCAGCGUAUCUCGCUCGGUGGCGUGCGAGACGAGGCCGAGAUCAGGGGGCAUCGCCGGACGUAUGUUGCCAGUGGACCCGGCAUGAUCGUGCAGGCGUUGCGGAAGGCGGGACGACCAGACCCAGUCAUUCUGUUGGAUGAGGUUGACAAGGUUGGGCAUAAUAGCAUUCACGGGGAUCCCUCUGCCGCUCUUUUGGAAGUGCUUGAUCCGGAGCAGAAUCAUUCAUUCAAGGACCAUUACAUUAAUGUGCCCAUCGACUUGAGUCAAGUGCUGUUUAUCUGUACUUCUAAUACUCUGGAGACCAUCGCCCUUCCUCUUCUAGACCGCUGUGAAAUUGUGCAGCUCUCCGGAUACACGUACGACGAAAAGAUGCACAUCGCGCUGACGUUUCUACUUCCGAAGCAGUUACAGGCCAACGGGCUGACGCCGGAGCACGUCACGAUAACCACACUGGCACUCCAGCGCAUGGCGACGCACUACACACGGGAGGCGGGGGUGCGCUCCCUGGAGCGUGCAAUCGGCGCCGUCGUGCGGUACAAAGCCGUAGAGUGGGCGGAAUACGCGGAUAGUGUUGGGCAUGAGGCCGCGGUGAUCAGCCAGAUACAGAGUCAGAAAGGCGGACAGGCAGAGUAUCGUAGCGUUGUUGAGGAGGACGAACUAGAGCGCAUCCUCGGCAUCGCGAGGUGGGACGAGGAGGAAAGAGACAGAGAGGAACGGUGCGGUGUUGUUUACGGCCUCGUCGUUACUGGCACGGGUGAGGGCGGGAUCUUGCCUGUCGAGACCAUAGCAGUCCCUGGCACAGGGCGGUUGAAGCUGACUGGCAGCUUGGGAGACGUCAUCAAGGAAAGUGGUGAACUCGCAUUGAGUUGGGUCAAGACGCACGCGUAUGACCUCUGUAUCACCAAGUCGCGCGCACAGGACCCGUUGAAGGUCCCCAAUCCGAUCGACAUUCACCUUCAUCUACCGGCCGGUGCUGUUAAGAAAGACGGUCCUUCUGCUGGUAUUGCGAUGAUAUGUGCCUUUGUCUCGCUGCUCACGGGGUCGUGCAUACCGAGCAACGUUGCUAUGACUGGGGAGGUUACCCUGCGCGGCCGCGUGGGUCCCGUCGGUGGCAUCAAGGAGAAGGUGCUAGGUGCGCACCGUGCCCAGAUUGCUAAGGUUGUCCUGCCGUGGGCAAAUCGCAAAGAUGUUGAGCACGAUGUUCCCCUCGAGGUGCGCUCUGACAUCGAGUUUGUCUACGUGCGUACAAUCGAGGAAGUGUUGGAGGCGGCUUUUGGAAAAGGGAGAAUCGAAUGGAGGAGGAGCGUCGGGCUAUUGGAGAGCCGGCUGUAA